AGAGGAGUCUUGAUUAUAUGUGUUGUUGCCUAAUGUUUGUUCCAGAGCUGUACCGUUCUGUGAGUCAUGGCGUAAUUGCUGCUGCUGCUGUUGUUGUUGUUGUAUUUGAUCAACACAGGCCUCCUUGGGAUGAGAACACAUCCUGAGGUCCUACAGCAAGCAGAGAGGGACAGUUUCCUUGUGUGCAGGAGAGAACUGGCUCGGAGAAUGGACAGUCAUAUUCUCUUACAGAUUGUCAACAAGUAAACAAGUUCUAGUUUGGAGAAGGAGCAGCAGUUGAUUCUUACCCCCUUUGAGAGGAAUCUGGAUUUCUGGAGGCAACUGUGGCGAGUUAUUGAGAGGAGGUCUUUUAAAUACCUGAAGUAUCCUCACACCACAGACUGGUAGAAAUAGAUGUUCAGGUCCUGACACUGCUGUGUGCUGCUCUCUCCGGCAUUUAUGUGAGUGACGGUUUAAUGAAAGAGGUGGAAGAUGCGAUUUAGAGAUUUAUUUUGCUAUGUCAAGUUUAUAUGAUGCUAUGUGAACUCCCUCUUAAUUGAAGCGAUAUUUACAAUGGAAACAUUCAUUCCUAAAUGCAUAAAAAAUGCGACUUUAUAUUCAACAAAAAUGUCAAUGGAGUGUUUUUAAAUCCGUGGUAUACCGUGAAACUGUUACAUCACUACAUGUAACCCACAAGUUCUAUGAUUGGCCCGUAACCUGAACACGUAUGUGAGACUGUCUCUGGAGGGGACCUACGAUAUGAACAUCAUCAGACCGAGGAAGGAGAGAGAGGUGCAACGAUUUGAAGUAGCGAAUUUAAGUGUUGUAUUAAACACAUUUCUGAUUCAUAAAUACUUUAUAUCACACACUCGCAAAACUCUCAAUAAUCUGUAAUCUCUCAUAGGUAAAGGUCCGAGCUCUGACAAAGGGUGUGCAGAUGGUGAGGGGUUAUAAACCGGGACGUUGACCCGCUGGGCAUGAAAGAGCGGGCAUUGAACAGCAGGUCGGGAAAGCCCUGGAAAAAACACAGUAAUCGAAACAAGAAGGAGAAAGUGAGACAACAUCUUUGAUAUCAUCUUUAAUACAAAGACAUUUAUUAUUAUUUGAAUUCACCGUGGCUCAUACCUGGACGUGUGAUGUAUAAGUGCUGCGGGACAUUCCCCUUUAUUGAAAAUGAUCUCACUGAUGAUAAAAAGGAACUGUAUAUUAUUGUCACUUUUAUUUUAUCAAUGGAUGGGAUUAAGAGAUGAAUGGCGUCAGGCUUUGCCAAAGACAAAUGCUAAUAUUUAAGUGUGUUAUUUGAGUUUAUUAUUGUUUUAAUUGAUUAAAUGCAUACAUAUUUGGCACAACUGACCAUGAUGAUCUAAGUUUAAUCACAGUUUCUGAUUCUGUAGCCAAACAUUUAAUAUACUGUGUAUACGUUUUUAAUGCAUAUUUGUCAUUACGGGGCUUUUUUUUUUUGUCCCUCAUUAACAUAUGUGCAAACCAUGCCUUAAACCAUGAUAUAUAUAUAUAUAGGCCUAUAUUUUUUUUUAAUUAUUAUUUAUUUAUUUUUUUCAUCUGAAGUGGCAUAUAUAUACCAAUAAAAUGUGUAUUGUUUAAUGCUGAUCAAAAAUAAAUCAAAUGUAUGAAAAUAUAAAAUAACACUUAAGUAUUGAACUAAAUAAUGUACUAUAUGCUCUAUCAUGCUGAUGUGUUACAUUGCAAGGAAUUAUCCUAUACAUAUAUAAAAUAUAAUAUUUUGACUUUGUAUUAGGUAUUCCAUCUUUGAGGGUUAUUUUAUGCAUUUCAUUAAAAUAUGAUUUAAAAGUUCACAGUUGUUUUUCAGCAAAUAAAAUGGGAAAACAUCACAAUGCAUCAUUAAUAUUUAUGAGCCACGUGGGAGACAUUUGUGUGACGGGUGUGUGUGUGGGCGGAGCCUGAAAGCUACAGGUGAGAUGAUUGACGCGCGGUUCAUUUCCACUACAGCUGGCAAUUAAUGUGAGAACCUGGAAACAUUUGGAUGCUCAAUGUGUGACAGCAGAAGUGAAAGCUGUGGAUAAAAUGACAGUCCUCGACACUGUCCACCGCUGGAGUUCAGAAUUGGUCAAAGUUUGCCUUUCGUCAUAUGAAGACAAUAUUUGCAUAUCGGCUGCCCUGAUCCUCUCGUCUGCUCUGAUGUUACUGGUGUCGUGUUCACUCUGCAGCACGAGAGGUGGGCACCAUCAGGGCGAAGAGGCGGCGGGCACGGUGUAUUGUUUCGUGGGUAACUUGUGCAGUGCAGUUGGCGCUUUCCUUUCCAACCAGUUUGAUUUUCAGAUAUCUAUGGCCUCAUAUGCGGCAAUUUUGGAUGUCGUUCAGUUCCUGACAAUUACUUUCUCCGUGUAUUUAUGGUCCCAUUCAAAAACAGGAAAGAGAAUGAGAAUGAUAACCGGGAGGAGGCGGCAGAACUUUCUUGCGGUGUCGCUCUUGUUUGUAACGGGGGGCAGUUUUUACCUGCGUUCAGCGGUCGACUUCAGUCCCACAGGAAUAUCUCCAACCAGGAGACGACUACUCGGUGUAUUCCUAAAUGACCAUAUUGAGAACCUCGGUUACGUGCUGGGUCUGCUGUCUUUCGCCAUCAACUGGACGGCUAAGUUUCCAUUCUUCCUGAAAGCAAACCAAGGAGAGCAGAGUUCAGUUGCACAGGUGUGUUCUCGAGUUCUGUGUUGUCUCGCUGGAACUCUUUACGGAUCUGCAAUUCUUCUCUAUGACGUGCAGCCGAGAGUGCUCAUCAAAGCGAUGCCCUGGAUCCUCUCGGCGGUCUGCUGUGCUGUCCUCGAUUUGGCUAUUGUAGUUCUGGUCUGUUACAGAUCCAGUCAUAAGCGUCUCUCUGUACGGUCUUUAGACUCCGAUACUGAGUCUUUACUCGCAGACUCUUCGGCCACGGGUCAGUUGUGUGACAGUACUGUUACUCGCUGCAUAAAGGAGCAUCGUCUUCCCUCGGCGAAAUGCAUCUGUCCCAGGGGCACUGACAUGGGACUCUACAUGGAUGUCAACAUACAGCCAAUGAGGAAGGUGUGUUUGAAGGAAGUGACGAUCUCACGGGACGGCCCGUCAGAGACUCUUCCUCUGAAGAGGACAGUCAGGGUGGUGCGUGUGGAUGAGCAGUGCUCCUCUGGCAGUUUAACGGAGUCAUCUUCAGUCGGCUCUGAACUUGAGUGGGACUUUGAAGCAACGAAAGCGCAGUGGACUCCAGCCCCUGAAGAUCUGCAGACGGUGCAGUCGGUUCCUCUCCAGGAUUGGCGAGUGAGUUCGGGCUCAAAGUCGACCAGCAGCCGCGGCUCUCACAUCUGCCUCUGCAACCGCGCACCGCUAUCUGAGAAGAUGCCGUUCAAAUGAUCCCGCAACUAAACUGUGUACAAGUCAAAUAGCCGUGUAGUAAUUGUGUCUGUUCAGUUGGAGGUUAAUAAAGUAACCGUGCAAUUCAUAUUCUUAAAUUAUGGCAGAAUUUGCAUCACAAACAAGCUGUUUAUGGAACUCCCAUGACCAGACGUGUUAUUUGCCUUGCUUUAUAUGCCACCGAGCACAGGAGGUGAUGUGAUGUCUCGGAGAGCUGCUGUGACUCUUGUUAUCAACUUCAGAAGGCUGAUCUCCUGAUUGAUCUUUCCUCGGGCUCCCCGUCAUUCACACGGAACGCUUUCCCCAUUGUUGUCCCCUUCCCUCUCCAGAGCCGCAGGACUGAUUAAUGGGAUGGCUCUGAAAACCUUAUCGCCCUGUUGUUUGCGUAGACGAUACCGAACAUUGACGAAUGAUUGGAGGUGUCACAUUAUAUCACCCUUUCACAGACUCACCAGGUCAGGAGGUCAUUUCCUCAAUUUCUGCCGGUUUAUUGGAGCUGGACUGGAAAAGGCCCAUCAGCGUGAGAUAAGAUGCAGACGAGACGGCAUGUGCUCUCAUUGAGUCAGACUUACUAGUCUACAAGUCUGUAGACUAGCGAGGACGGUCUUGUUGGAUAUUCCAGAGACUUCCGUAAGAGUCCGAUAGCCGGAAAUGUGUACAUACAAGCGCUUGAGGGUAUUUCUUGUCCUGGUGGCUUUUGUGUUUUGCAUAUGGCCCACAUGGAUCCUAUUUCCCCAUGUCAAGGUCAUACUUCAUACCAAAAUUUUAAAGAAAGAAUAAAGAAAUGUGUAUAUACUGUUUUAUAUAUAUAUAUUCUUUAUUAUAUUGGAGCCUGUGUGGGGCCAUAAUGAUUGUUUGCAUUGUGACAUGACAAUCACUGACUAGGUACACCUACUUAUUCAUGUGAUUAUCUAAUCAGCCAAUCGUGUGGCUGCAGUGCAUAACAUCAUGCAGAUUGGGGUCAGGAGCUUCAGUUAAUAUUCACAUCAACCAUCAGAAUGGGGAAAAAUGAUGCAUGAUUGUUUGUGCCAGACGGGCUGGU